AUGUCACUAGACAAGUAUUUCAAGCAUAAAUCCCUUGAAGAUGAAGAGUCAAUCAAAGCUUCAAGUCAUGUAACUCAAUCAAGUUCAAAGAAAAGUCAUAUUGAAAUCAACCUCGACACUCUCCUUGCUGACCCUGGCUUAAGAAGACCAAUUUAUGAAUACCAUAUAAAUGAAAGGAAUGCAAUCCGAAGAGCUUAUCUACAAAAAGAUCCUUGUCAACCUUCACACUGUGAUUUUCCUCAAAAACAAUUUGGGAAUAUAUCAACACUACGACGCUUUAGUCCGGCUUGGUUUGAUGCAUACCCAACAUGGUUAGAGUACAGCAUAGCCAAAGAUGCUGCCUUUUGCUUGUAUUGUUAUCUCUUCAAGUCAAAAGAGAGUGUUGAUUCGUUUGUGGGUGAUGGGUUUUCAAAUUGGAAAAAAAAGGAAAGAUUUGAUCUUCAUAUUGGAAAGUCUAAUAGUAGUCACAAUGCAGCUCAGAUAAAAUGUGAGAAUUUGAUGAAUGAAAAACAAAGUAUCAUGACUUUGUUAUCUGAGCAGACAGUAAAGAGUCAAAGUGAUUAUCGAACUCGAUUGAAUGCUUCAAUAGAGUGUGCUCAUUUUUUGUUGCACCAAGAACUUCCAUUUCGUGGCCAUGAUGAAUGUGAAUGUUCAAGCAACCAAGGAAAUUAUCUAGAGCUCUUGCAUUUUCUUUCCAGAAAUAAUGAAGCUAUUAAAAGAGUUACUUUCAGUGAAGCUCCCAGACAUAACAAAUUGACUUCUCCAGAUAUUCAAAAAGACAUUACUCAAGCUGCUGCAGAGGAGAUUACAAAUGUGAUUAUCAAAGAUCUAGGUGACUCAUUUUUUUCAAUUUUAAUUGAUGAGUCACGUGACAUAUCAAUCAAGGAACAAAUGGUUGUUGUUCUACGAUAUGUAGACAACAAUGGACAUAUAAUUGAACAUUUUCUUGGCAUUCAACAUGUGCGAGAUACAACUGCUAGUUCACUCAAGGCAGCUAUUGAAGCUUUGUUUUCUGAACAUGGGCUAAGCAUAUCAAAAUUGCGUGGUCAGGGAUAUGAUGGAGCUAGUAACAUGCGAGGUGAAUUCAAUGGCUUGAAAUCACUUAUUCUAAAUAGCAAUCCAAGUGCAUAUUAUGUACAUUGUUUUGCUCACAGACUUCAAUUGACUCUUGUGGCUGUUACAAAGAAGCAUAAUGAAGUUGGAGAUGUCUUCAAUUUUAUUUCUAGCAUUAUAAACAUAGUUGGAGCAUCAUGCAAAAGGAUGGAGGUGAUUAGAGAAAAACAAUAUGCUAGAAAUAUUAAAGGACUUGAAAAUGGAGAAAUUUCUAGUGGACGAGGCUUGAAUCAAGAAACUUCUCUUAGAAGGUAUGGUGACACUCGUUGGGGCUCCCACUAUGUUACAAUUAUUCAUCUACUUGUAAUGUUUUCAUCUGUUCUUGAUGUGCUUGAGAUUAUAAGGGAGGAUGGGAUGAACUCAGAACAGAGAACAGAAGCAGUUGUUUUAACAGAUAUUAUGGAAUCAUUUAAUUUUGUAUUCAUGCUUCAUUGUUUGAGAAGGAUACUAGCAGUUACUAAUGAGUUCUCACAAGCAUUACAAAGAAAAGAUCAAGACAUAGAAAAUGCUAUGAGUUUAUUGAAAACAUCAAAGGAACAAUUCAAAAUGAUGAGAGAGAAUGAUUGGGAAUCUUUAUUGGAAGAAGUGUCAUCUUUUUGCAUCAAACAUGAUAUUGAUAUUCUAAACAUGGAUGAUGAGUACAAGUUUCGUGGGCGUUCAAGUGAAUUCUCUAUAGUGGACCUUAUGGUACUUGGUGACCAACUUGAUACGUAUAUUAUUGAUCUACGUGGUGAUGAUGAGUUCUCUAGUAUUGAAGAUAUGAGUAGGGUAACUAGUGGAUUUGGGGCUUCAUUGAGUGGGGAUGCUUAUAAAGCCCUUAAGACUGGAAUCGAGGUUAAAGAUCCUGAAGAGAAGGUUAAAGAACCCCUUAUUGAAACUAAGAGGGUUUUAAAGACAUAUAACACCAACAUGGUUACCAAAGACACUUCCACCUAUCCUCCUCACAAUCCUCUAGAGGUUGGAGCAACUGAUGAAUUAGCAACAACUGGCCGACCAAUUUUGCUUGCAGAUUUCAAUUUGCAUUCUCGUGGUGGUUGGCACCACAACACCAACCAACAUAGUAGCAACUUAGGGUCUGAUUGCCAUGGGUUAAAUGGUUCUUCCACUAGUGACUGGAGGGAAGAUACCGAUGCGAAUCAACAUGUUACUCAUGACCUUGUGACUCUGACCGGGUCUAAACCCUAUCUUGGUAAUGAUCAUUUGCAUGUUGGUGAUGGCAAACAACGUAUAGUUGCUCAUUCUUCUAUCGAAGCUGACUAUAAAGCCUUAGCUGAUGACAUUGAUGAGUGUGAUAAUCUGAAUGCUAUUUAUUUGUCUGUGAAUCUUAUCUUUCAUGCUUAUACUAAACAUGUUGAGGUUGACUAUCAUUUUAUACGAGAUAGGGUUGCUAAGAAGGACAUUUAG